AUGUUGACUCUUCUCGUUCUUAUCGCGGUUCCAUUAGCAGCCGCUUAUUACAUCUUCCUUGAGCCUUUAUUCUUGAAUCCUAAGAGCAAGAUUCCCGGACCAAAGCUGUUUGCACUGUCGAAAUGGCGCUUGGCUUUGGAGGAUUACAGAGGCAACCGGACAAGAGCUAUACAAGCGCUUCACACAGAGUACGGUCCAGUUGUGCGCAUUGGUCCUAACGAGGUUCAUUGCAACAACCUCGACGCCCUUCGCACGAUCUACGGAGCCGGAAGUGGUUUUGAGAGAACUUGGUUCUAUCGUAUGUUCGACGCAUAUGGUAGACAGAACCUUUUCACAUUUCACACGACCAAGGCGCACAGCGAACGGAAGAAAUUGGUCGCUAACGCCUACUCCAAGUCUCUAAUGCUCAAUGGGCCAGCGGCUCGUAUGGUGCAGGAGAAAGUCGCCAAUUACAUGGCGCUCAUUGAGGCGAAAGGUGAACAACCACACGAAAUCUUCAGCAGCCUUCAUUACUUCUCUAUCGAUGCCAUCACCAAUUUCCUAUACGGGUCUUCCUUCGGCGGCACAUCUGCGUUGAAAGGCAAUGUGCAACAUCGUGCUCUGCUCAACGACAUCAUUGAUCCAACUCGCCGUUACUUGAGUUGGUUUGCUGUACACUUUCCAACCUUGACGAAAUGGAUCUACAGCCGCGAAGGUCUAACAGAGCGUAUACUCAAGCCACUUUUGCCUAUGCAGAAGCCUACAACCUACACGGGGAUCCGGAAGCAUGCCUUGGAAGCCUACCAAAGCUUUGAGAGCGCAGCCAAGAGGAAUAUAGAUCUGAUCACCAAAGAACCAUCCAUUGUAUCGCGUCUAUGGAACUCACACGAAAGCUUCAACAAAUCUGGUCGCUAUACUCUGGACUCGCUCGAUAUCGCUUCUGAGUGCGCGGGCCACCUGCUUGCCGGUAUCGAUACAACAGCAGAUUCGUUGAUGUUCCUGAUAUGGGCGUUGUCUCGCCCACAGAACUUACACAUACAGAAGCGGCUGGUCGAGGAGGUUCGUGGUCUGCCACAGGACGCUUUCGAAGACAACGUGCCCAAGCUCGAUGUUAUAGACAAACUCCCUUAUCUGAAUGCAGUCAUCAAAGAGACACUCAGACUUUAUGCUCCGCUGCCAGCUUAUGAGCCUCGAUCGAUCGGAACUGAUUGUGUUAUCUCUGGAUACACUAUUCCAGCCCGCACCACUGUCAACAUGUCGCCUUACUCCCUGCACCGCAAUGCUGAUGUGUUUGACCAGCCACUAGAAUUCAACCCUGACCGGUGGUGCGGCGAGCCAGACAAAGUGGCACUAAUGAAUCGAUGGUUCUGGGCUUUUUCAAGUGGUGGUCCUNUGGCCAUGGCAGAGAUGACAGCUUUGACAGUCGCCGUCUACCGAGACUACAACACUUCCAUUGCACCAGGCUUCGAGAACAAAUCACCCGCAAUCACUUGA